AUGUUGCAGAUAAUGGUUGACAGUCUUUUUAAUAAAAUUAAAAGAAAUGUUAACGCAUUAAAUGACAUUAAAGUGGAAAACGAAUAUAGGGAGAACUGUUUGAAUUACAAAUAUUGGAUAUUUGGUGAAAUGUGGAAACUGCAUAAUGAUAAAGAAAAUCCAAAGGACAUCAGCAAUAUAAUUACCGAAUUUAUGAAACUAAAUGGUUUUUUCAAAGGUGGAAGAAAUAGGGGUUGUGAAUUCAAUUUUAUUCAUAAGGAACUCAAAGAUUUAACAUUUUUAUUAGAAAAGAAAAAUUUGUAUGAUUAUUUUAAAAAUCAUCAUAAAAUUAAAAAGGGUGACAUCUGUAAAAAGGAAAAUAAGGCUUUAUUUGAAAAAUACCUUAAAUCUAUUAGUGAAGCAUAUAAAAACUACCAAGUUCAAGAAAAAUGUUGUCAUUGGGGUGCAUCAUUUUGUCCUGAUUAUUUUUUGAGUUGUGAUGAUGUGUAUAAUCCAAGUAGACUGUUAUCGUUAUUGAAAUCUAAUGAUAAAGAAGCUUGUGAUAAAAUAGGAAAAGAAGAUUCACAUAUAACAGGUGAACUAAAAGAUUCUGUGACUUCUACAAAAAAUGUUGACAUGUAUAUUAAAUAUUUAAGAUGUGCUAACGUUACUGAUUCAAGGUUUAACCAAACAGCAAUUGUAUGCCAGCAACCCGGAUAUCGCCCCCACCUAAGUAACUCAUUAAUGGAUAGGAAGCGCAUAGGUAAAACAAUAGAUAGUAAUUCAACUCGACCAAUCCACCAGUUAAAAAUCAACGAAAAUCCAGUAAAUGUCGUUUUAAUCUCCAGUCAAGAUUACAAUUACUAUAAUGUGACGAGCUCUAACACGUAUACCCCUGAAGGUAUUUAUACUUUGUUUCCUGAAAUUACAGGAAAUAGGCGUGAAGCCUAUGAAAAAGAAGGAAAAGAUGCAAACAAAAUAGAAGAAUAUUGUAAGAAGGAUAAUUUACCAGAACAUAUGAAAUUAUAUUGUGAAAAAUCCAAAAAAUAUAGUGAAUAUUUCAAUAAACCUGAAUAUAAAAAUGAAACCAUAGUUGAAUUAAAUGAAACAAUCUCUGAGGUAGAAGAUGAACCUAUAAGUACUUCAUUUUUUACAGCUGAAUUAUUAAAAACACUUCCGUUCCGUGCAUCUGUAAUGGUUACACUAUCAUUAGGAGUAAUUAUGGUUUUCUUUAUGUACUAUAAAGUAAAAAAUAAUUCCUUAGUAUAUAAACAUUUACUGUCAUUAUUUUUUAUUAAUUUUUACGAGCUGUUUUAUUAUGAAAUUUUUUACCCCGUUCGGAAGUUGGUUAACUGGGAAGAGAGGCAAAAAGAAUAG